CAGCCACCAAUCCAAAUUCCCCUUCCCUUGCCCUGCUGCGGCGCUUGUCCCCUUCCUCCCUCCCACCGUCCGUCCGUCCGUCCAAUUCCUGCUGCUGCCUUGCAUCGGCUGGACUCUGCUAAAUCUAUCCCACCUCGUCUCGUCUCGUCUCGCGGCCAGGCCUUAUCCCCAGCGCGCAUCUCCCGCGCGCCACACAUUCCUCGCCCGCGCCUGCGCCUGCGCCCACAACCCUCUCUUCUCCUCUCCACUCCCCGAUUUGGAUUCUUCCGCCGGCCACCUCCCUUCUGUGUGGUGUGCGCCGCGCGCGGUUUAUAGGCUCACGCCGCUCCAACCAGGGGCGGCCCUGUCCACGCACCAGCCAGGCGUGAGUCCCUCUGAUUCAUACGCUACCACACCAAGAACUACCAACAGACCACGAGCGAGCGAGCUUCUUGCGCCCGCCCGGAUUUAUCAUCUUCCUGCCCACCCAGGAUUCUGCGCUACAACAACAAGAUGUCGGUGCUGGCUGACAUGCUGGCGGAGGUCUUCCGCGAGCCGACCCUGGCCGGGGUGGCGCGGGAGCUGGCGACCCUCGCCGCGCCGCUCUGGCUCGCGGCACUUGUUGGGCUGCUCAUCGGCUGGGCCUGGCGCCCGCGCUGGGCAGCCGCCGUCGCCGGCCCCCAGCAACCGGUGCUGGCGGCAGCAGCGGCAGCGCAGGCCCCUGCCCAGCCAUCGCUGACGCAGGCCACGGCCGCCGACCACUUGGCCGUCGUACCUAGAGCUAAGGCGGCCUCCAUGGCGCCGGUGGAGGAAGAAUUGGCGGUCAGCACCCCGGACCUGAUGCACCUCCGCAGGGUCGUCGAGGAGAAGGACGGCGGCCCCGCCUGGACGCACAUGAUGGACCGCACGCUCCCGACAUUCCGAUACCAGGCCUGGAAAAGAGAACCCCAGAACGGCCCGCCGCAGUACCGCAGUAGCACCAUCUUCGAAGACGCGUCGCCGGAUGUCGUGAGGGAUUUCUUCUGGGACGAUGACUUCCGGAUCAGCAACACCUGGGACGAUAUGCUUCUUGAGCACGAGACGCUGGAGGAGUGCACAAAGACCGGAACGAUGGUUGUUCGCUGGGUCAGGAAGUUCCCAUUCUUCUGCAGCGACAGGGAGUAUGUUAUCGGUCGCAGGAUAUGGGCAUCUGGAAAGACCUACUACUGUGUUACCAAGAGCGUGCCUCGCCCCUCUGUUCCAAGGAGCAGCAAACCUCGCCGUGUGGACCUGUACUACUCUAGCUGGUGCAUCCGUCCAGUUGAAUCAAGAAACGGUGAUGGUGCAAUGACGGCAUGUGAGGUGCUCCUGUUUCAUCAUGAAGACAUGGGUAUCCCAUGGAGCAUCGCGAAGCUGGGUGUGCAGCAGGGUAUGUGGGGAUGCGUCAAACGGAUCGAGCCUGGCCUGCGGGCAUACCAGACCGCGAGGGCCGCCGGCGAGCCCAUCUCGAAAUGCGCAGCGAUGGCACACGCCAACACAAAGUUUGUCGCCAACGAGCUCACCGCUUCAGAAAACAACACCGAGGCCGGUUCGACCAGCAACAACGCCCAAGCCGAGAAGCCGAAGCACUGGACAGGCAACCUACCCAAAGUCUUCGUGAUAGGCAGCGUGGUCGCGCUGGCUUGCACCUUCGACAAGGGGCUACUGACCAAGGCCCUCGUAUUCGGAACGGCGAGAAGGUUUGCAGGACCAGGAAGAAGAUAGGAACCAAACAUCAGUGCUUAUCAUCGCGAUGCCAUGCACAUUCUUCCGAUGCACAACCGAGCGACGCUAUCCGGCAUAAUUGUUUUCGGUCCUGAGACGCUCGCGCUUGCAGAUGAGGACGAGGACGGCGUUUGCUCAUGCUAGAAAGCAUCUGUAAGCAGGCUUGUGUACAUGCUGCUGUAGCUGCAGUCUGUGAAGCUUAGAGCUGAUUAGGAUAUAGAAGAACCAUGAUGAUAAUGAGACUGAAUUGUAUUGGAUGCUGAGACAUGGCCAUCAUCAUUAUGAUGAUGUAGUACAAUGAAUAAGGCUCAUAUUUUGGAGGUGCUAUAAAAAUAUAGUGCUUUUUGUUGGUUA